AUGAGAGUACCGUCUUUGAAUCUCGUAUCUGCCUUUCUGGCGGUCUGUGGCAAUGCGCACGCAAGCCCAUGCAAGCCAAAGUCCACAUCGGCAGCUCUCGAUGGACCAUCUUCAACAGGAACAGUAACGUCAGUGUCUACUCAGGAGGCGACUUCAGCUUCUUAUGUAGUGUCGAUAACUACGGAGGGAAGCUCAGUUAUCGAGUCCUUGUCAUUUUAUUCGUCGUCCAUCAUUUCCAAACCAGUCUCUUUCAUUGUCACGACAACAUCAGAUGCCUUCCUUUCUUACUCAACUGAACUGUCAUCCUCAUCGGAGACCACCGAAGCGUCCGGUAUAAUGGCUGCCGACAUGUCCGCUACUACUGCAUCGACUACCGAGCUCUCGACUGAGCUUCCAACCACUUCCAAUACUGCCGAGACAACCACUUCUGAUAUCCCGAUCUCCACCACAAGCGAGGAACCUGCACCAUCCAAUCUAUUCUUCGACCCGUCAUUUGAGGAACCAAGCAUAGAUGGGGAGGUUGAUGGAACGCCUUGGAUCGUGAGAGACGGGCCUUCCAGCUCAGUCGGUAUCACCCCAGACGUAGCCCGCACAGGCUCACACGCAGCAUACUGGUCUGUAACAGUAACUGGCCAGAAUGGCGGUACCGUUAAGCAAGAAGUCGCGCUUGAUUAUAGUCACUUCUACAAGAUCUCGUACUGGUGGUAUAUCGAUGAGGAUGCACAACCAGAGAGCCUCCGAAGCUGCUACAUCAGUAUUGUGCAAGACAGUACUGACGGGAAAAGUUCUAGCUUCCCUGACUUCUUCCUACUUCCAUCACCCCUCCCCCUCAAGACCUGGACUAAGCGAGAACUUUCGUUCAAUUCUAUCAACAUCACUCCAGCAUACAUGACCUUCAGUGUCUUCUGUUUCGAAGACGCAGGCACCGGGCUCAAGGUUGCCAUCGACGAUAUUCAACUGGUUUACUAA